AUGGAGGAGCUGAGCAGCGUGGGAGAGCAGGUCUUCGCCGCCGAGUGCAUCCUCAGCAAGCGGCUCCGCAAGGGCAAGCUGGAGUACCUGGUGAAGUGGCGAGGCUGGUCCUCCAAGCACAACAGCUGGGAACCCGAAGAGAACAUUCUUGAUCCAAGGCUCCUCCUCGCUUUCCAAAAGAAGGAACACGAAAAAGAGGUGCAGAACCGGAAAAGGGGCAAGCGACCCAGGGGCAGGCCCAGGAAAAACGUGGAACCAGAGAUGCCUCCAAAAACUAAGUCAAGUAGCUCCUCUUCCUCAACAUCCUCCUCCUCUUCCUCCUCUGAAGAAGAGGAUGAAAGCGACCUGGAAGCCAAGAGAGGUCCUCGAGGCAGAGAGACUCACCCAGUGCCUCAGAAGAAAGCCCAGAUCCUGGUGGCAAAGCCAGACAUGAAAGACACUUCCAGAAAGAAGCGUGGACGGAAACCCCUUCCCCCGGAGCAGAAGGCAGCUCGGCGGACCGUGAACCUCACCAAGGUGCUCAAGACGUCGCGGAAGGAGGCUGGAGGCAGCGGCAAAACGGCGGGGAAGGUGCCGGGCCAGCCCGGCGCACAGGGCUCAGGCCUGGCCGCGCUCAAGGAGCCACCGGGCGCUCUGGCUGGGCUCAGCUCUGCGUCGCCUGCCGAGAACCUGCCCGGCGUGCUGAAGAGCGGCUCGGGCAGCCCGAGCAGGGCCAUCAGCUGGCAGAGCUCCAUCGUGCACUACAUGAACAGGAUGUCCCAGAGCCAGAGCGCAGCGGAGACGUCGCCCCUGGGCAGGCUGGCGCUCAAGUCGCAGGCAGCAAGUAAGGGCAGCCUUGGCUUGGACUUGAAGAUGAGGAACCAGAAGGGAUCUGGGGAGCUCGGGAUGAACGUACAAGGGCCCAAAACUGUGAAGGGUCCCGGCAGCAAUGCGGGGGCAGAGCAGAAAGCCGGGUUUGCUGCAGGAACCCAGAUGCUGCACAACGGCAGCAAGACGCCGGUGAGCUCAUCUGCUCCCGGCAGCCAGCUGGCCUCCAGUCAGGAGCUCAACCUUCAAGCUUUAAACUUGCAGAGUGUCAAAAACGGGCAGAGCGCGGCGGGCGGCAGCAGCCUCUCCCGGCACGUCUGCAGCGCCCUGCCCAAGGGCCCGGGCGGCGCGGGAGCCAAGGGCGGCGGGUCGGGCACCGCGCUGCUCCCGGCGGGCGACGGCGCCAAGGGCGACAAGCAAGCGCCCAGGGCGGGCGCUGGCGAAAGGGACUCGGCCAAGGGCGGCGCGGGCGGCGCGGUGGAGGGGCGCAAGCCCGGAGCCCUCUCCGAGGUGAGCACGGGCGAGGAGACCAGCUCAGACUCCGACCGGGAUUCGGCCUCCUUCCCGGGCGUGGGGCAGAACAUGUCCGUGUCCAUCCAGACGAGCCAGGACUGGAAGCCCACCCGCAGCCUCAUCGAGCACGUCUUCGUCACGGACGUCACAGCCAACCUCAUCACAGUGACAGUCAAGGAGUCCCCCACCAGCGUGGGCUUUUUCAACCUGCGGCAGUACUGAGCCGGGCAGCGCAGGAUGAGGCGGCGG